ACAGCUUGAAGCUUGAAGACUGAACUGGGGCGGAGGGCCGGCAUUGGCGAAGUUCACAGAAUUCCAGAAAUUAUGGCUUCUUCUGCUCAUUGUCUUCCUCCAAAGCUCUACCCUUUUUCAUCCCCCUCCACACGACCAGCCGGAGUUAGCAUGACUGCUGUUUCCGCCUCUCAACCCAUCAGACAUUCCCUCGAUCUCACAUCACCCACCAUUCUCAGAGCAAGACGUAGUGAAAGAUUCAUCAAAUUCGAACGAUUUCUAUCCUUUUCAUCCCCAGCCUCCACUCUUUCCAAGACUUCUUUCAUCUUAUCAGCAUCAAGCAGUUCUACUGCAAGUUCAAGUGAUAAAGGUAAUAAGAACACCGGAAAAUCCGAGGUGCAAGUAGAAGAAGACGAGGUUGAAGAAGUAGAGGAGGAUUUGCCUUGGAUACAGGAAAAAGCACUCGACCUUGUUGAGUUCACUGGGUCAGUAACGCAGGCUAUUCCUGGACCGAGAGUAGGAAAAAGCCCAUUGCCCUGGAUUCUCGCCGUCCCUUUGGCUUAUGUUGGUAUUACAUUCGUAAUUGCUGUUGUUAAGACCAUUAGAAAGUUCAAUUCCCCAAGGGAGGUUCGCCGCAAAUUGGUUAAUAAGAAUGUUUUUCUGUGCAAAUCAAUUGAUGAGCUGUUUGAGAAAGGAAAUGAUGCAUUGCAGCCAUCAGAUUUGGUAGAACUUGUGCAGAAGACAGAUUUUGGCAUGGAGGAUAUUUUUCGCAAAUAUAUCAGAUAUGCACUUAAUGAAAAGCCCUUUAAUCCAGACUUAGUAUCAAACUUGAUCCAACUACGAAAAGCUUCCAUGCUCGAUGAUUCUCAAGUGUCUGAAGUCCUAAAUGAAAUCUCAAGAAGAAUUGUGAAAGAGAAAGGUCCUGUUGUCAUGGAUGUGUCUGGUUAUUCGGAAAGAGGAUUUAAGAGAAAACUUGCUGUACAAGCUCUUUUCGGAAAGGUUUAUUAUUUAUCCGAGCUGCCAGAGUUCUGCACAAAAGAUAGUUCCUCUUUAGUUGUGAAAGAGAUCUUCGGCGUUGCAGAUGAAGAUGCUGAGAAGCUAAGAAUGCAUACGGUUUCAGAGGCGGGAGACAUGGAUUCGCUUGAAAAGAUGGUUGAUAGUUCAGAUUCGCAAGAUUCUGGUGAAAAACCCUAGCUAGAACUUCCUAGUGUGCACUAAUACCACCGAUUAGUUUGUUUGUUUUUCCUUUUUCCUUUUUCGCUAGAAGGUUGUUGGCUUGGAUGGGUAAUUUAAACCAAAUUUUGUUAUGAGGCAGAAUUUAUACACUUUUUUUUUCUCAUUUUGUGAACAAGAAUAAUUAUUGCCCAAUUAAUCCAUGCAUUGAGUUGCAGAUA